UGACACUGUCGUUUCCUGAAGAUAUUGUAGUUUUUAAACUCCCCCCCUUUCAAUUUUGGUUCCACCAUUUCCAUACUCUUGAUGCUCGCAUUCCCGCACACGAAAAGAAGCUCACAGCCUCGUAUAAUUCAUAAAAUUUUGAGUCUCUGCAAAAUAAACCCAACCCGUUUGCUCACACGCAUCUUUUUAACUCCAAAAACGCUUUCAACUUCACUUAUUGAUUCUUUCUCUUCCGACUCCCAGAGUCAGAAAAGUAGGUUGGCUUGUUGAGUGUGGAUCAAUUAAUUCUCGCCGUUAUCAAAUGGAGUCUGAAAGGCUAAAUUUGCCUACAACAUUCUCAAUGAGUUUAGAAGUUAUGGGCCACGAGUUGCAGUUCUCUCAGGAUCCCAAUUCCAAGCAUUUAGGAACGACUGUUUGGGACGCAUCACUUGUGUUUAUCAAAUUUCUGGAAAAGAAUUGUAGAAGGGGAAGGUUUAGCCCAUCUAAACUGAAAGGAAAACGCGUUAUCGAACUUGGAGCAGGGUGCGGAGUAGCUGGGUUUGGUAUGGCAUUGCUUGGAUGUGUUGUAGUUACGACGGACCAAAAGGAGGUUUUGCCAAUUUUAAGAAGAAAUGUUGAACGCAACACUUCAUUGAUCAUGCAGUCAAAUCCUGAUUCAUUUGGUUCCAUCAAAGCUGCAGAGUUAAGCUGGGGAAAUGAAGAUGAUGUAAGAGCUGUUGGUCCACCAUUUGACUAUAUCAUAGGCACCGAUGUUGUUUAUGCAGAACAUCUAUUAGAACCACUGUUGCAGACAAUAUUUGCAUUAUCAGGACCAAAAACUACGAUAAUGGUGGGUUAUGAAAUCCGUUCUACCAGUGUCCACGAGCAAAUGCUCAACAUGUGGAAAAGAAACUUUGAUCUGAAAAUUGUUCCAAGUUCCAAGAUGGAUGACACUUACCAGCAUCCAAGUAUCCAACUUUUCAUUAUGGGAUUAAAACCGCAAGUGGAAACCAAAGAAAACACUUCUGAGGAAGUAGCUCAACCAAGUGAUGAAGUUGAAACAAAUCAAGACAAGGAUGAAAAUGUUGGUGGAUCUAAUGAGGUGGAACAAGAGACUAAGGUUGUUGAUGUAAAGGUCAAGGAGGAUGGUGAGAUAGUGACGAUACUCCCAAAUGCAAAACUCAGCGAGUGGGAAGCUAGAAGAUACGGCUCAGCAGCUGCCAGGCUCUUGCAAGACGUCAAAAUUGCUAACAGCUAGGGGUGUUC